GAAGUAAAGGCUGCUGAGACAAUUUUAAUUCAGCUCAGCAAAGAACGCACGAAGCUUCCAUGUCACAGCGGGCAAAGCCAAACAGCAUUAAGCGUUCUAAAACGGGACCAGAUUAAAAACAAACUUAUUAUUUUUUUCUAUUGGUAACUUGGUAAGUCUUAUACAUGCAGUAUGUUUGAUAAAACUGAUAUUGAUCAGAGUAAUGUAAGUAAAAACUAUGAUUUUCAUUCAGUAGAACAGUCUUUUUCAUGCAAUGUGUGUCAGAAAACAUUCAGAAAGAGAGACAAUUUAGAUAAACAUUCCCUUGUUCAUGCUGUGGAGAAACCUGAUUCUUGCUACGUAUGUGAUGAAACCUCAGAGAAAUCUCACUUAAAUGUACAUUCUGUUGCUCAUACUGCAGAGAAACCAUAUUCAUGCAGUGUGUGUGAUCAAUCUUUCACUCAAAAAUCUAAUUUAAUUAAACACGCUCUUGUUCUUACUGGAGAGAGACCCUAUUUAUGCUGUAUAUGUGAUCAAUCAUUCACAAAGAAAUCUGUUUUAAAAAGACACUACCGUAUUCAUACUGGAGAGAAACCUUAUUCAUGCAGCUUAUGUAAUAAAACUUUCUCAUUGAAAUCUUAUUUAAAUGCACAUUCUGUUGUUCAUACUGGAGAGAAACCUUAUUCGUGCAGUGUGUGUGGUCAAUCUUUCACACAGAAAUCUGGUUUAAAUCAACACUCUCUUGUUCAUACUGGAGAGAAACCUUAUUCAUGCAACCUGUGUGAUAAAACCUUCUUAGUGAAAUCUGUCUUAAAUAAGCACUAUAUUGUUCAUACUGGUGAGAAACCUUAUUCGUGUAGUGUGUGUGAUAAAUCUUUCACUCAGAAAUCUAGUUUAAAUAAACAUGCUCUUGUUCAUACUGGAGAGAAACCUUAUUCAUGCAGCUUAUGUGAUAAAACUUUCCUAUUGAAAUAUCAAUUAAAUGUACACUCUGUUGUUCAUACUGGAGAGAAACCUUAUUCAUGCAGCUUAUGUGAUAAAACUUUCUCAUUUAAAUAUUCUUUAAAUAUGCACUCUGUUGUUCAUACUGGAGAAAAACCUUAUUCAUGCAGUGUGUGUGGUCAAUCUUUUACCCAGAAAUCUAGUUUAAAUAAACACGCUCAUGUUCGUACUGGAAAGAAACCAAAAUCUUAUUCAUGCAGUGUGUGUGGUCAAUCUUUCACCCGGAAAUCUAGUUUAAAUAUACACUCUGUUGUUCAUACUGGAGAGAAACCUUAUUCGUGCAGUGUGUGUGAUCAAUCUUUUACACAGAAAUUUAGUUUAAAUAGACAUGCUCAUGUUCAUACUGGAGAGAAACCUUAUUCAUGCAGCCUGUGUGAUCAGUCUUUUGCAGAGAAAUCUAAUUUAAAUAAGCACUUUCUUGUUCAUACUGGAGAAAAGCCAUAUACAUGCAGUGUGUGUAAUAAAGGUUUUGCUUGUAAAUCAAAUUUAAAUCAACACUCUCUUGUUCAUACUAGAAAAAAACCCACAUUCUUGCACUCUACGCAAUCAAUCUUUUUCACAGAUAUUUAAUUUAAAUUGAUACUUACUUGUUCAUAUGGGAGAUAAACCUUAUUAUUGCAAUUAAGAGGUCUCUAGUUGGGAUCUAUCUCUCAAAAAGUAAAAUUAUCAUUUAGAGGUCCAAAUUUUCAACUGCUUUCUUGACUAAGCUAUUGGGACCAUAUUUUCCGAAGUGUGGUUACCUCCCAUAUGUUGUAGAUCAGGUAUGCAAUUUACGUCUAAAAAACGGUAGGUUCAAGUCAGAAAAAUUACAUUUUAGUGUUUGAUUUUGUUGCUUAAAAUGUAGUAAUGCUAGGUUUAAUUGCUUAAAAGGAUCGCUUCUUUAAACUAUUUCGAUUGAAUUCCAGUGCAUGAAGAUACGAUCACUAGAUCAAAAGGUUUUCUGUGUGUUAGGAUUUCUUUUGUGUGUACUGUACUUACCAAAUUUAAGAGGAUGUCGUACCACCGGAGAACCUUUUCGUUGCAAAUUCUCUUUCACCUUCGUAAUUAAUCUAAAAUAUAAAGUAUAGAAAAAGUGAGUUCAGACGAUCCUAGAGUAAGCAAAGAAGUUUCAAAUACUGAAAAGAAAUUUUUAAAAUAUCAGACUGAAAAUAAAGUGUGGGAAGUUAACUCAGAAUUACACAAUGUUGUUGUUGUGUCCAAUCCUUCAGGAUCUAGCGACAGCUAGAUCAAAUCCAAGAGACCGUGGACCCUAGCAAAAUCAAGCACCAGAAGUGGGCUAUCACGGAUAUCCGCAAGAGCGAGCCCCAAGCAGUCGAGGAUAUGAUCGGGGGAGGCUGGCAUCAGAUGGCACUUGGUGCACGUUGGAAAGACAUUGCGGCCGCAUUCAAAGGUCAUGCAUUUGAGGUGCCCACUGAUAAAUCUUGAGGCGGCCAUUUGAGCCUGUCUGUCAGCCUCAAGAUCCAAUGCACAUCCUGGUCUUUUCCUACAGAACCAGGGAUACAAAUGUAGUAGUUCUCAUCCAAUAAUUUGUUUGCAUUUACAUAUUUUUCAAUUUUUUUUUUUACAAUUAACAUUUUAUGGCUCUUACUCUAGGUUUACCUGAACUCCCUUUUUCUUUCUUUUAAAUAAUGUUGAUUAAAGAGAAUUUGCGACAAAAAUUUUCUCCCAACGUAUAACGUUCUCUUACUAAGUUAGAAGCUUUUAAAUUUGUUAUUAGGUUUAAAGUUUCUUUAAAUUUAUUCACUGCAACAAGCAUGUGUUGUUCUGGUCUGUAAUAUUUGUUAAGUUGAUGAGAUGUAGGUAUGCUGAAUUUGAGUAGCUAAUUUAUUAUUAUUUUCAAAAUUUACAUAAUGUAGCUAAUGCUGUUAGUUUGAGUGACGAAAAUAUUUAAAUUAACCAAAAACUUUUUUGUUACAAAAUUAUAUUUAAUUUAUUACUUUUGACACAAAAUUAUUCUUAAAAUAACUGCAGAUGAAUUAUGUGAAUCUGUUUCAAACCAUUGGCCAAAUACGAGAACUCAGCACAUCUAUGUAUUAUUUAUGGUACAUUUUAGAUGUUGAAAAAAUAUUUCUAAUUUUGGAUUAAAGUUUUGGUUAC